AUGUCGUUGUUGAAUUUUUCUCCUUUGGAUGUACAUGGCAGGCCGUAUGCUAUACAGGAAUUCAAUGGAAAAAUCACUACAGGAUCCUCAGAGGAUUUUCACAACGCUCAGAAAAGUGAAGUAUUAUCCAUGUAUCCUAUGAUUGACAAAUCGAAGUUGAACGCUCUUCAACAUUGCAUAGCUCGAGAUGAAGUUCAGAAUUUAUAUACUCAAAAUGAAGAGAAGAAUAGUGGGGUUUAUCAAGCUUGGAACAUUUGGAAUCAAGAAGGGAUUACAGGUGUUGUCGAGCAUGUAACGAGUGCUACAGAAACUACAAAUCUUUGGCCUAUCGCCAAAUUAGGUAAAGGAAUAAUAAAAGUGAGGAACGGCGUUUCUUAUCUAGCUUCCAAAGUUUUAUCAUCUCUUCCACAAGAUGAACUGGAUAAUUUGCUCCAAACCUACGGUCAUACCUUAGAUUGGAAAGACAAUUGGAUCAGAUGCAUGGCUUUCCAUGAAAGUGGUAAACGUUUAGCAGUUUGCCAGCGUUCUGAUUAUAUACGGGUUUACACAAUUAUAAAUAAUAAUGAAAAUGUAGCUCCUCUAACUUUAAAACAUCCGUCUCAGAAAAACGUCUCUUGCAUGUCUUGGCAGAUGUUUGAUCACAGAGUUCUAGCCGUCGGCGCUGGUGAUGCUAUUUUAAUUUGGCGAUUGGUCAACAAGACUUUCACCUCAAAACCUUCUGGUCAAUGUGCUCAAGUAAUAGAUUUAUCGAUAGGACCUAUAUCACAGAUAGUCUGGGAUAGAACUUCUAGUAGUAGCUUAUUCGCAGUUUCGCCAAAUCACAACAAAAUUAUGAUCGUCGAUUCUAUAAGUGGAGAAGUUGAUUCAGUUGGAGCUUGGACAGGAGGCUGCAUCACUAGAAUUGUUCCUACUCGAGAUGGCAAACGAUUAGCUGUUUUAUACACAGGGAAUCUUCUGAGAGUUUAUGAUCGAUCAGAUUGGAGUUCUGAAAACUGGGGUGGCCUGGAUGGUAGAGCUGUUGAUGCUGUUUGGUCACCUAAUGGAGAAUGCCUCAUGUUUUCUACCGAGUUAAGUCACCAGCUCUUCUCAAUCGCCUUCCAUUCCAAAGAGUUCGUCAACGACGACGGUCAAAAAGAAAUGAAACUUAUAGGAGAAACAGUGGCCCAACCAAUGUUUGAUGUAAGUGCCGUUGAAUUCGAUCCUGCGGAGCUCAAUAUUACCAAUCACGAAGCCAGACCAGUACAAGUAAUUGGUGGCGAAGUUCAAUCAUUAGCUCUUAGUCCUGACGGACAGAGACUAGCCGUUCAAUUCAAGCAUAACCCUGAAGUGUUCGCAAUUUUUAUUGUUGACUGGCAUCCAGUCUUAAGACUCAUUCCGAUAGGAUUAGCCGAAGCCCCUGGAUCAGGGAAAGUAACUAUUCUGGACUUUGUUCCUCAAUUCCGGGACGGAUCAUUAUUAUUCGCUGUAUGGUCUGAUGGACUUGUACAAUAUCUGCCAUUGAUUUAUGGAGCACCAACAUCCACUGGGUUUUCGAAAAGCAUUCUAGGAUUCAGCCCGCACUUUCUUGAAAACCAAUCGUUCUAUCAGGAUGCCAUGAACAUUUCCUCGCAAAAGUUUUGA